GGGCGGCGGUCGGGCUGCGGCGGGGCCCCUGGGGCGCCCAAUAUGGCGGCGGGCGGCGCGGAGGGCGGCGCGGGCCCCGGCGCCGCCAUGGGGGACUGCGCGGAGAUCAAGUCGCAGUUCCGCACCCGCGAGGGCUUCUAUAAGCUGCUCCCCGGCGACUGCGCUGCUCGCAGGUCGGGUCCGGUUUCUGUCCAGACCCCGGCGCCGCCUCAGCCGCCGCAGCCCCCUCCCGGCCCUGUCUCUGCCUCCGGCCCAGGCGCUACGGGCCCCGCCUCAUCCCCGUUGCCCUCAGGCCCUGGACCCGGGCCCGCGCUUCCAGCAGUGCGCCUCAGCCUCGUGCGCCUCGGGGAGCCUGACAGCGCCGGGGCCGGGGAGCCGCCCGCCACGCCCGCGGGGCUGGGCGCAGGGGGAGACCGGGUCUGCUUCAACUUGGGCCGCGAGCUCUAUUUCUACCCGGGCUGCUGUCGCCGCGGGAGCCAACGGUCCAUUGACCUCAACAAGCCAAUUGACAAGCGGAUCUACAAAGGCACUCAGCCCACCUGCCAUGACUUCAACCAGUUCACUGCUGCCACAGAGACCAUCUCUUUGCUGGUGGGCUUCUCAGCUGGUCAGGUGCAGUACCUGGAUCUCAUCAAGAAGGACACCAGCAAGCUAUUCAAUGAGGAGCGGUUGAUUGACAAGACCAAGGUGACAUACCUGAAGUGGCUGCCUGAGUCGGAGAGCCUGUUCUUGGCGUCACAUGCCAGUGGUCACCUGUACCUGUACAACGUCAGCCACCCCUGCGCCUCAGCCCCACCCCAGUACAGCCUGCUGAAGCAAGGCGAGGGCUUCUCCGUCUAUGCUGCCAAGAGCAAGGCUCCCCGCAACCCACUGGCCAAGUGGGCAGUUGGUGAGGGGCCCCUCAAUGAGUUUGCCUUCUCGCCUGAUGGCCGGCACCUGGCCUGUGUCAGCCAGGAUGGCUGCCUGCGUGUCUUCCAUUUCGACUCCAUGCUCCUGCGCGGGCUCAUGAAGAGCUACUUUGGGGGUCUUCUCUGUGUGUGCUGGAGCCCUGAUGGCCGCUAUGUGGUAACAGGUGGUGAAGAUGACCUGGUUACUGUGUGGUCCUUCACUGAGGGCCGUGUGGUGGCCCGGGGCCAUGGCCACAAGUCUUGGGUUAACGCCGUGGCCUUUGACCCCUACACAACGCGAGCAGAGGAGGCAGCGCCAACAGCCAAUGGUGAUGGGGAGCGCAGUGGAGAGGAAGAAGAUGAGCCGGAGGCUGUGGGCACUGGCUCAUGUGGGGGCGUCCCGCUCUCCCCACUGCCCAAGACUGGCUCCAUCACCUACCGCUUUGGCUCAGCAGGUCAGGACACGCAGUUCUGCCUGUGGGACCUCACUGAAGACGUGCUGCACCCACACCCACCCCUUGCCCGCACUCGCACCCUCCCUGGCACGCCUGGCACCACGCCGCCAGCUGCCAGCAGCUCGAGGGGUGGCGAGCCUGGCCCGGGCCCCCUGCCCCGAUCACUGUCCCGCUCUAACAGCCUCCCACACCCUGCAGGCGGUGGCAAGGCCGGUGGCCCUGGUGGGGCUGCAGAGCCAGGUAUACCAUUCAGCAUCGGCCGCUUUGCCACGCUCACACUGCAGGAACGCCGGGACCGGGGGGCUGAAAAGGAGCACAAGCGCUACCACAGCCUGGGCAACAUCAGUCGGGGUGGCAGUGGGGGUGGUGGCAGCGGGGACAAGCCCAGCGGCCCUGCCCCCCGCAGUCGCCUGGACCCCACUAAAGUGCUGGGCACUGCCCUGUGCCCACGCAUCCACGAGGUGCCACUGCUAGAGCCUCUUGUGUGCAAGAAGAUUGCCCAGGAGCGACUGACCGUUCUCCUGUUUCUGGAGGACUGCAUCAUCACUGCCUGCCAGGAGGGGCUUAUCUGCACCUGGGCCAGGCCGGGCAAGGCGUUCACAGACGAGGAGACCGAGACCCAGACAGGGGAAGGAAGUUGGCCCAGGUCACCCAGCAAGUCAGUGGUAGAGGGCAUCUCCUCCCAACCAGGCAACUCCCCGAGUGGCACAGUGGUGUGAAGGCCUGGAUGACGGGGUCCCCCACCCCAUGCCCCCAGCCUCCUAGCCAUAACCUCCCCACCGACCUCAUGGAUCAGCAUAUUAACAAGACUAACCAUGACUGAUGGACUGCUUCGGUCCCCCACCCUGCACAAAUUUUGGGGGGUCCCCCAGACUUGCCCAUAUAUUGGGGGGAUGUGGUGGCCCUUGUGGCCUCAGCCUUGUCCCCCCCCCACUGCCAAGUAUAAUGACCCCUUCCUCUGAAACAUCAGUGUUACCCUCAUCUCUGUCCCCAGCAUGUGACUGGUCACUCCUGAAGGGGAAACUCUCCACCCACAAGAGCCCUAGCUCUGGUGUGUGCCCUCAGUUGAGAGGGUGGGGCAGGGGGUGGCUCACCCCAUGCCUGUCUCCCAUCCCACUCUCCCUUGCUGUUGUUUGUGCUUUUGAAGAUUGUUAAGUUAUGGAUGCCCCUCAGGGCCCUCCCUGUCCCCAGGACAUCUUAUUUAUACUAAA